AUGGACACUUCUGAAACACCCUACAUACGAGACAGUCUUUUGAAUGUUUGGUUGACGACCCUGCUAGUGUCUAUUCUAGCAACAGCGGCCUAUGUCAAGUUCCAGUCGACACCAAGACCGUACUCCAGCUUUCCUGUUGUCACGCUCGACGGCCCUUCCGAGAUCAACGCCACUCAUGCCGCAAAUUGGUUCAGGCGUGGUCGAGCCUUGGUCAACAAGGGGUUGAAAGAAGUGUCGGGGGCGUUCCAGAUAUCCAACGGCAGGGGAAGCUGGAUCAUUUUGCCCAGUAAAUACAUGGACGAGCUGCGAAAUCACCCCGACAUGAGCCUUCGUGAUGCGCUGCGAGAGGAGAAUUUUCCCGAUUACAGGGGAUUUGAUGGAUUCCGCCAGGCAUUUAAAGAUUCAACCUUCACGCAGGAAGUGAUUCGUGUCAAGGUGACGCAGAGUCUUGGAUUAAUUACGGCAAAUCUCGCCAGCGAGUGUCAGCACGCCCUGCACGAAAGUCUAGGGGAGUCGAGGGAGUGGCAGCAGCGUUUCAUCAUUGAGGACAUACUCAACAUUGUCGCCCAGUUAACCUCGCGGGUAUUCCUUGGGGAGCGACUCUGUCGAGACAAAGAAUGGCUCCAGAUUACCAAAGAGUAUGCACGGAAUUCCUUCAUGGGUUCGGAACAGUUGCGCCAGUGCUUGCCACUUACUUGUCCCCUCAUGCAAUUUUUCAUGCCUGCCUGCACACAGCUCCGCAAGUUCUCUGCGGCUGCUAGACGCUUAAUUGACCCAGAAGUAAAAGCACGUAAACGCCGCGCCGAGGAAGUGAUCAAGUUGGGCAAGAAGCCCCUAAAGGUCGAAGACACCAUUGGAUGGAUGGUGGAGGUCGCUCGUGGUCGACAGGUGGACUAUGUUGGAGGCCAGUUGGCUCUCUCACUUGCCGCUAUACAUAGCUCGACAGACAAUCUCUCCAAAGCAGUCGUCAAGCUAUGUGAGAUGCCUGAGAUCGUCGCCCCUCUUCGAGACGAGAUAACGACAGUAUUGGAGAGCACUGGCGGCUGGUCGAAGCUAGCGUUACAUCGCAUGAGGCUACUUGACAGUUUUCUAAAAGAGGUUCAACGUCUCGCCCCCUUCACAAUCGUAGGCAUGCACCGCCGUGUCAUGAAAGGGCACGUGCUCAGCGAUGGAACACAACUUCCAAAGAAUAGUCGAAUCAUGGUCAUGAACGAUAAGCUUAGGGACAGCAGCGUGUACGAAGAUCCUGAUACCUUCAAAUACGACCGCUUUGCCAGGCUCCGCGAACAGCCUGGCCAAGAAGACCAGCACCAGCUAGCCUCGACAUCUAGCGACUUUGCAACAUUUGGUCAUGGCGAGCAUGCAUGCCCUGGACGCUUCUUCGCUGCCAAUCAGCUUAAGAUAACUACUGCGUGUCUCUUGCUCAAAUACGACUUUCGUUUCCAACCAGGUCAGGCGGAGAGGGCACACGUUGUACCAUUUGAGAUGGUAGAAACAAUAGACCCUACAUUGAAGGUCGAAGUACGGCGUCGAUCUGAAGAGCUGGAUGUCACAAAGGUAGCGAAGGAGACCGGAUAG